UAGGGUUAGGGUUAGAUUAGAAUUAGGGUUUAGGGUUAAUAAUGGCAAAAUCGUAAAUAAAGCUAACGGAGAAAUAACGGACGUUAAAAAAAGGGUAUUUGGUGCGCAAAAAUGAAAUGUCAGGGGUAUAUGGUGAAUUGUUGAAACAUUGAGGGUAUAUUGUGAAUUUUUUGAUUUGUCAGGGGUAUUUGGUGAAAUAACCGUUUAAUUUUUUUUAAAGAUUUUUUUUUUAGUUUUAUUUUUUUGCCAUUUUUUUUGAUUGAUAGAUCAUAGAUCUCUACUACAAAGUAGUUAAGAAGCAAAUGGAGUAGAAAUAAGAGUAACCCACUUGAGAAAGACAACUCUCCCAAUAGUUGGUUCCUUAAAGACAAAUCCUUCUCACCAAACAAGCCCUUAUUUCAUCAAACAAUUUUUUUGUAACAAAAAAUUCAUUCUUUUUUGUUCUUCUUUUGCAUAGUAUAAUAAUGCUAUGUUUCCUCUGUUUCUUUAAAUUUCAUCUGUUUUUAUCUUUGUAUCUCACUCAUUUUUCACUUUUUCUCUCAAUCCCAUGUCUCGAAAAUCAUCAUUUCUUCUUCCAUCUGAUACAAUGAAGCAAAAAAAAGGCAACAAUCUUUCAGUUUUUGUUGUAGUUUUCUCAAUUAUUUUGUUUGCUUUUUUCAUAUACAAUGAAGAUGUGAAAUCAAUUGCAGAAUUCCCAUUUUCCAAGCAAAAAGUUCAAGAAAUGCAAGAAAAUCGACCAAAUGAUGAAAACCCAGUUCAAAUUAAGGAAAACCCAGUUCAAGAAAAUGAAAUCCCAGUGAAAAAUGGUGAUAAAACAGCUGAAAUUUCCAUUGAUGGAGUAAAAAUAGAGCAAGAAAAUUCUGGAAAUAAUGAUGAUGAUGUAAAGAAAGAAAUUGAGGAGAGAGAAAAUGAUGUUGAAGAUGAAGAUGAUGAAGAGAUUGAAUUACCACCAGAAAAAUGUGAUCUUUUUACUGGAGAAUGGGUUUUUGAUAAUGUUACACACCCUUUAUACAAAGAAGAUGAAUGUGAGUUUCUCACUGAACAAGUAACUUGUAUGAGAAAUGGUAGGAAAAAUUCCAUGUAUCAAAAUUGGAAAUGGCAGCCAAAAGAUUGCAAUUUACCCAAAUUUAAGCCAAAAUUGCUGCUUGAGAAGUUAAGAGGAAAAAGAUUGAUGUUUGUGGGAGAUUCAUUAAAUAGAAAUCAAUGGGAGUCAAUGGUGUGUUUUGUUCAAUCUGCUGUUCCUUCAAGUAGGAAGAGUUUGAUUAAGUCUGGUUCACUUAACAUUUUCAGAAUUGAGGACUACAAUGCUACUGUGGAAUUUUACUGGGCACCAUUCUUGGUAGAGUCAAAUUCUGAUGAUCCAAAGAUGCACAGCAUAUUAAACAGGAUUAUCAUGCCUGAAUCAAUCAAAAAACAUGGUGUUAAUUGGAAGAACGCGGAUUACCUUGUCUUUAACACCUACAUUUGGUGGAUGAACACUUUCUCUAUGAAAGUUUUGCGAGGAUCAUUCGAUGAAGGCGCGACAGAGUAUGAUGAGGUAGAGAGGCCAGUAGCAUAUGCAAGGGUGAUGAAUACAUGGUCUAAAUGGGUGGAUAAAAACAUUGAUCCUAAUCGUACAACAGUCUUCUUCAUGAGCAUGUCUCCUCUUCAUAUCAAGAGUUUAGACUGGGACAACCCAGAUGGUAUAAAAUGCGCCCUAGAGACUACACCAAUCUUGAACACAAGCAUGCCAUUGGAAGUAGGCACCGAUAAGCGCCUGUUCAGGCUCGCUCACAACGUAACACAGUCGAUGAAAAGGGUUCCGGUGAGCUUCCUGAACAUAACAGCAUUGUCAGAGUACAGGAAAGACGCACACACGUCCGUGCACACCAUAAAGCAAGGGAAAUUGCUAACGCCAGAGCAACAGGCAGACCCUGAAACUUUUGCUGAUUGCAUUCACUGGUGCUUACCUGGUCUACCAGAUACAUGGAACGAGUUCCUCUAUACUAGGAUUAUUUCCCGCAAUACGUGACAGUUUUCUUGCUUACAUGACGUGAUACCUCGUGCUAGAUUCAUUUUUAAAAAUGUCCAAUUUUUGUGAGUCUUUUGAUGAUUUAAAAUUGAUGUCUAGGAUUGCAACAUUGCAAAUUUGCAAUCAUAUUGUGUAGAAAAGGGGUAAAAGUGUUUUUUUUUUGGGGGUAAAAGAAUUUUCAAAGAUCAGGGCGAAAAUUGCUACUGUGAAAAGAAAGGAAUUGAGAUUGUAAUAUAUGAUUCAAAAGAAGCAAUAAAAAGUGAUAAAAGAAAUGUAUAGAGGAGUUUUUGCUCCAAGAAA